AUGAGCGGAGCGAGAAGAGAAAGCUUUUGGUGGGUUGACGACAGAGGCUAUAGGGAUCAUCUUGGUAACUUAGAGAGGUGGAGAAGAAGCUUGUUCACUGUUUUUGUUGAUAACAUUAGUCAUCGACUAUCAUGGAGAGAAGUGAAGGCAAGCUUCGACGAGUUCGGUGUGGUAGUCGACGUUUUCAUACCUCAUGGCAGUAAUUAUGCCUUUGUUCGAUUCGGGCAUGAGACAGAAAUGUUGAAAGCCAUUCGAUACAGAUCGGGGAUUAGUUUGGAUGGGAAAAGAUUAAAAGUGAAACAAGCUGACUACCCAAGGGGAAGGUUAGUCAACAAUACUGGACGACCUAAUGAUGAACAAUGUGAAGGUGGAAAAAGGAAUGGAGCAAGUUCAUACAAGGAAGUCCUUACAGGAGCUAAAGGGAACAGAGAAAGGGAACAUCAGGAGGCGAAAACGGUGGAAAAUAAUCAAAACUCCAAGAAGAAUAUUGCGAGCCAAGGGCAAACUAGUGUUGAGGCAAUCCAGAGUGCUAUGUUCUUGGAGGGAGUCACGGCGAGAGUAAGGCCGGCUGGAGGUCUUGAUGUGUUAGUAACAUUUGGGGAUAAAGAAGAAAUGGAAACUCUACUCGAAUCAUACAGUGAAAUUUUUGAAUUGUGGUUUGAUUCCAUCUCUCCCUACAAUGCAGACAUAGAAACAAGGAGCUAUAUGGUCUGGGUCAAAGUGGAGGAAAUUCCAAUCCACCUAUGGAGCAUGAAACUUUUCAAAGCAUUGGGCAAUAGUUGGGGAAAAUUUAUCAGGAUAGACCAUGCAACUGCAGAGAAAGAUAGAUUGGAUCAUGCACUUAUUCAAGUUGAAGUAAGCAGUAAAAAUAAAAUCCCAGCUUAUCCUCAAAUCCAGUUUAAUGGAAAAAUCAUUAUUUUAAGUGCUUUCAUUGCCGACGUGGAGAAAGUCGAGAUCAAGAGGCAGAUUUUAGCCAUGAAAAAAGGGAAAGAAGUGGUAGAGGAAAAUUUCAGUUCACUGGAAAACCAGUCAUGGUGGGAGGAAGGGGACAAUGACUCGUUUUUCGAGGGAAAUUGGGACAAGACAAAAGAGGCCUUUGUUAAAGAAAAUAGCUGCAAAAAGACUAGUUCUGAACGGAUGCUAAAGAAAUCUAAAGUCAUGGGUACUCUUUUCUUUUUUUUUUAA